AUGCAUGUAAAAAGGCAACUCUUUUCUGUCGAUUUCAAAGGGAAUUUGGCGUAUCAUUGGUUAAUUUAUGGUGCUUGCUUUCAAUUUGUUUUUUGCUCUAAAGUUUCCUCUAAUCCCAGAUUAACUUUGAGACAAGAUGACGCUCAACUGUUUUACAACAGAACUUAUAGCCAUACAGUCCUGUUUCAUCAAGAAGCAUCAAAGAGUCUAUUGAUCGGAGGAGCAAAUGUUGUUCUUCAAGUUGAUGUUGAUAGUAUUCAGAUUUUGGAGAUCUUUACUCUGAAUCCAGAAUUACCAAAAUCAUGUGGUGGGUGUUCUUGUGAAAAUGUGGUGACCGUAAUUGAAAGAUUUCAAGAUUUUACAUUUGUAUGUGGGACAAAUGGAGAAGAUCCAAAGUGUUGGAAACUGUAUCCCAGAGAAAGCAAUCAUUCUAAUGAGGUUAUAGAAGGCACAGGGAUCUCACCUCACACAUAUACACAAAACUCCUUAUCCCUGAUGGCAGAUGGAGACCUUUAUGCCGCAGCUCCUCUGUACAGUGAUGGUACCCUGCUACAGUUUCGUAGAAAAGCUGGCAGUCGAAAAAGUUUGUGGAUGUAUGAUCAAUGGGUCUCAGAACCUACGUUUAUCUCUAGCUUUCUGGCCAAGCGUACUGAUGACCCCAUGAAUGAGAAGAUUUACAUUUUAUUUCGUGAAAAAAACUCUGACACCAGUCCGGAGGCAGAUCCUUGGAUAUCAAGUGUGGCCCGUGUUUGUAAGGUUGAUGAGGGAGGUUCAAAGCAAUUACUCCAAAACAUCUGGACUUCCUUCCUCAAGGCACGGCCUGUGUGUGGGAUUCCUAGAGAGUCACUGUACUUCAAUCGUCUGCAAGAUGUUUAUGUUCAGCAUGCCAAGGACUGGCGAGACUCGCGAGUGUACGCACUCUUCUCUAGCAGCUGGAACUCUACAGCUGUUUGCAUAUACUCUUUGGCAGAGCUUGAUGCUGUGUUUGAGAAUUCUACCUUCAGAGGUUAUGACAAUACAAUACCCAGCCCAAGACCGGGAACAUGUGUGAAAAACAGCCAGUCCAUUCCCAGUGCUACCCUCAAUAUUGUUAGGAACUAUCCAGAGAUGAAGGGCUGGAUUCAUCCCAUUCACAAGGACAUGCCGUUUUUCACAAGUAAUAACAACUAUACCAAGAUAGUUGUUGACAGAGUCCAAGCUUCAGAUGAAAGCAUGCACAAUGUUCUGCUGUUGGCCACAGAGAAUGGCAUGAUCCUUAAAAUCCUAGAGGACGAGUCAAGAGCAUUCAUCAUUUCUGAGACACACCUAUGCAAUGGCUCAUCACCAAUACAGUCGAUGAAACUAGACUCUGAAAAGAGGAAGUUGUUUGUGGGAUAUCCUAGCCAGAUGUCAGUUUUUGACCUGCAGAGAUGUCAGGACUACAAUGCUUCCUGUCAGGAUUGUGUUCUUUCCCGUGAUCCAUACUGCGCUUGGACUGAACAUGGUUGCAUGGCACAAACUAAAGGAGGAAUACAAAAUAUUGCUAAUGGAGAAACGUAUGUGUGUGAACAGAAUUCAGUGGGAAGAUCCAGACGAGACUCUCAACAAUUAACAGCAGUUCCACUAAGAAUUCUACAUACUGUGCCCAAUGAUGUACCAUUCUACCUCUCUUGUCCAGUCUAUUCCAAUCAUGCCACUUACAGGUGGUUACAUGGGGACAAGAGCAGCCCAUGCCAGCAGACCCAAUCUGAAUGCCUCCUCCUCAUUCCAGCCAUGACUGAUGACAAAUACGGCAAUUACAAAUGUAUAUCCCAAGAACGUGAUUACACCAAAACUGUGAAGGAGUAUGACCUCCCUAAGCCUGCUUUAAAUGCUGCAUUCAAACUCAGAGCACAGGAAUGGAUAAUUGACGUAUUUGUCACUAUUGCCCUCUAUCUUUGCUCACUUUAAGGUCAAGGUAAUUAUAUAAAUGUCAGCACUGACGGAGCAACAGUUCAAGAGAGGGAGAUGCACAAAGCAGUCUGUGUGUGUCUGUGUGCCAGGGUGGUGGGUGCUAAAAAGCAAACCUUUUGUGGAAUGCUGAAAAGCGGUGUCUUAUUGUGAGACACUGAAAAGUACAGCAAUAAAUAUCUGAUGUGGACUGUUCACCCAGUCCCCGCUUCCUCCUUUCCACAUUAAGAACUUGGUCUGUUACCUUCUGCCUCGUCAUACUAGCAGAAGACUAGAAUCAUUUUAUGCUUGUCAUCUGUUAAGAUUAAUAAUCAUGCUGUAGUGAUGUCCAAAAGUCUGAGGCCACAUGGGAUGGAUGGAUGAAUGGAUGGAUGGAUGGAUGGUUGAAAGUGAUCAUCUCUAUGCCCUUCUCCCUUUGAAGAA